AUGAAGUUUAAAAAUAUUGACUUCAUUAAAGAUCCCUUCGCAGAUGAUAAUAUUGUAUUAACAGAUACCAACGGCCGUCCAUUUGAUGUAUUAACCAACAAUGAUAUGCAUUCCAUGACAGUUCUUGAUAACCAAGCUACAGAUUUUGGAAUGACAAAGCACUCACAAACUGUAAUGUUACCAGAAUACAACAGCAUGUCAGAAGUGGAGACUAUGGUAUCAAUACCAGAUCAGUAUUUUCAAAACGAUUUAUAUCAUAUUAAAACAAAUAAUAUGUCUCAAGUGUCUAAUAGACAUUCAGUCAUGGAUAAUUUAUCACAUGACAAUUCCUUAGUACAAAUUGAUCAGUUAUCAUUUAUUCCCAAACAAACUGAUAAUUUUGUGAAUAAUCUGGGAAGUAAUCAAAAUAUGAUUUUAGAGACUGGGAACAAUCGUUUUAUCUUUUCCGAAAAUGGUGGUAGCUAUAUUGAAGUAACCUUGAAAGAAAAUGAUGUGUUAAAUAGUGAUGAAAAUGAAUUUUAUACAGCACCACAGUCAAGAACUGUUCAAAAUAAUCAUAUUGCCCAGAAAAUAGUGUCGAUAGAUGAUUUAAGUUUAUUAUCUUCUCCAAAAUCACAUCAUAAUGUAGAGUUACUAGUCAAUCAUGAAGAAUUAGUGGAUGAUAUAGACACUUGUGAUAUAGCAGUUGUUGAUGAAUCACAAAUUCCACUUAACAGUAGUCAGUUAAAAGGAAGACUUGAUGUAGGAUCUGAAAGUGUUUCACUUGAUGUUGAUCAUCAUCAACAUAGUUCAGGUUUUCAAAGAAUGUCAAAAGAAACAAUUGAAAAGAUAGCAGAAGAAUUUGUUAGACAACCACAAUGUAUUGAUGAAGAUAUAAGUAUUAAUUUUAUCAGUAGAAUUAAUCCAAAACCACCAGCUCUAAUAGAAUAUUGGUGUGAAGAUUGUAAUAAGCUAUAUCAAAACGAAUCAAACUGUCCAAUACACCAAGUGAGUAGUAUCAUCGACCUAGCUGUACAAACUAGAGCUAGAGCGUCAUUACCUGCUACACAUUUAAGAAUCAUGAAAAUUAAAACUCAAGAAAAUGUAAAUAAUAAGUUUGGAGUAUUUGCAAGAAAAACAGUUCAAAAACAUACUCAGUUUGGUCCAUUAGAGGGUAUUAAUAUCAAGGAUGAAGAGUGUGCUGAAGAGUCUAUCAAUGAUGAAUUUAAAUAUUUGUUGGAAGUAGAUAAACAGUUUAGACGAAUUGAUGUGUCAAAUGAAGGUAAGUGGUUUUAA